AAUAGCAGCAGUGGAGUUUCCAGCUGCCUGUUUUUUUGUUUUUUUUUGGUGUUGAACUUCCCCCAUGAAAGUGUCAGGAAGUGGUCUCGCACCUUUGAGUUGUGUCAGUUGCACACAAGCAGCAAAAAAAGAAUGUCAGCUCAAGGAGAGACUAUGUUCGAGCCUUCGGGUUCUGAUUUGUCUACUCAACCACCGCCCCCACCGUACGAUGAAUCGGUACAGCAGGAGCCACCACCCUACUCCCAAGACUUGUUAGAAGACGGCGAGCCCAAAGAUGAAACGACAGGAGCCGAAGCGAUGGAAGGAGACGAGUCCUCCCCUGAUACCAAACCGGAGGGUCAGGCGGAGGACGUCCCACUGGCCGAGACGUCGGCUUUCGAAGACAAGACAGUCAGGAGGGCGUUUGUUCGUAAGGUUUUCUGCAUCCUGACGCUGCAGCUGGUGUUCACGUUCAGCGUGGUGUCCGUGUUCACCUUUUCCAAGGUUGUGAAGAAGGCGGUGCAGAAAAACAUUUGGGUCUACGUCAGCUCUUUCAUCAUCUUUGCCCUGGUCAGCAUCACUCUCAACUUCGCAAAGUCCCUCCGGCGGAAAUACCCCUGGAACAUCAUCGCUCUGGCCAUCGUGACGCUGAGCCUGUCAUACGUGGUGGGUACCAUGGCCUCCUACCACGACACCCGCGCCGUGAUUAUCACCAUGGCAACCACCUUGGCCAUCUCCCUCACCAUCAUCGGCUUCUCAGCACAGACACGCUACGAUUUCUCCUGCUGUUAUGGUCUUCUGCUCAUCCUGGCGGUGGACUUGUUGAUGUUCGGCGUGUUCAGCAGCUUCUACUACUUGUACAUCGUUCAAGUUUGUUACGGGUGUUUGGGCGCCCUGCUGUACUCUCUGUUCCUGAUGGCCGACUGCCAGUUGAUGAUGGGCGUACUGAGCUACCGCCUGGACCCCGAGGAGUAUGUGACCGCGGCGCUCAUGAUCUACCUGGACAUCAUGCUCAUCUUCAUCUACCUGAUGAGCAGAAACUGAAACGCACGCAAACAUCACCACCUUCUCCUGGCCUUCCAGUCUUCUUUUUCAGGCUUCAUUUGGCGACUUCUCAACAGUAAUUACAGCAUUGAUGAAUGCAUCACAGCAGACAUUUGUGGCUGUGAUGAAUGAAUAGGUGUCCAAUUGUUCAUCAAGGUUCCUGAAAUUAGUAAAAGGGACCCAAAACAUCCAACUGAAAAUCAUUCAUGUCAUUUUUAAGCUUACGUUUAUAUCUUAUACGUCAACUAAUGCUCUAUGUUUACAUUAAUGCAAUAAAGUUAGGGUUUCCAAAAUACGGUUUCAAGCUUCUGGUGAAGGUUUAAAACUAGGGUCAGUGUUUCAAGACAGGAAUAGUAUUUCAAAGUCUGUUUUCAAGACUGAGGGUUUCAAACUAGGGUUAGGGUUUUAAAUUAGUUUUAAACCCGGUUUAGUAUUCCCAAAUCUGUCUUCAAGGCUGGGAUAGUGUUUCAAACUAGGGUUAAGGAUUCACUUAAAGGCUUGCCGCUAGUUUCAGGAAUUCAAAUUGGGGUUUUAAGAUGCUUUAAGGAUUUCAAGUUAGGGUUUCAAGCCUGCAUUUGGGUUUGACACUAGGGUUAAGGUUUCAAGCUGGGGUUUUAAAGUCAGGUUUCCAGUUUGGCUCAGGGAUUCAAACUAGGGUUACGGUUUCAAAUGAAGGUUUGAAGCUAGGGUUGGGAAGGUUUUGAGCCUUCAAGUUAAGGUUAAGGUUUCAAACUGCUUUUAGGGUUUCAAAGUCGGGUUGCCAGUCUGGCUCAGGGUUUCAAACAAGGGUUAGGGUUCGAAAUGAAGGUUUCAAGCUACGAUUAGGGUUUGAAAUUCCCGUUUUAGGACAGGGUUAGCGUUUCAAAGUCUGGUUUCAAGCCUGAGUUACGAUUUACCGAUAGGAUGAGGGUUUCACAAGGGUUAGGGAGUCAAAUGUUCAAUUUCAUAAAUCCGCACAAUAAAUUGUCACAAUCCUCACAACAGAGUUUAUCUAAAAGGUCUACACAGCCCUUUUCAAAUCAAGUUUUUUGGUGAUUUCAAAAAAAAAAAAGAAAAAAAGAAUCAUACGAAAAUAAAUAAUUUACAAACA